AAUUAAAAAAAUAAAUAAUGGUGAAGCUAAGAAGCCAUCAAAACCAAUAAAUUAGUAUCCAAACCCUUUACGGCAGAUUAACAACUCCAAAUCUCUGAAUUUCACAUCAAUGGCGGACGACUCUAAGCUUCAUAUUGCCAUGUUUCCAUGGCUGGCCUUUGGUCACAUGAUCCCGUACUUGGAGCUAGCCAAACUCAUAGCUCAAAAAGGACACAAAAUCACAUUCAUCUCCACUACCCGAAACAUUGACCGCCUCCCAAAACUCCCUCCAUGUUUAUCCCCUCUGAUAAAUUUCGUUAAACUCCCACUGCCUCAUGCAGCCCAUCUCCUCGAAGGCGAUGAAGCCACCACCGAUGUCCCGUACGACAAGGUCCAAUACCUUAAAGUAGCCUUUGAUGGUCUUAAAGAGCCCAUGACCAGGUUUCUUGCAACUUCUCAUGAUAUUGAUUAUCUUCUUUAUGAUUUUGCACCUUACUGGCUUCCAGAGAUAGCCACUGGUCUUGGCAUUCCAAAUGCAUUCUUUAGUAUAUUUUUGGGAGCCGCACUGUGUUUUCUCAAACCAGCAUCUUUGAUCGAGGAUCGCACAGAACCUGAACAUUUUACUGUCCCUCCAAAGUCGAUUCCAUUUCCUACCACGGUUAGGUUCAAACUAUUCGAGAUCUUGAGGAUCUUUGAAUCCAUAACAGGUGAUGCAUCCGACGUUUCAGAUAGUUACCGCCUGCAAGAGGUGCUCAGAUGCUGCCAGAUGGUGGCUAUAAGGAGCUGCAUGGAGUUUGAACCUGAAUGGUUGCACUUAUUUCAAGAGCUUAUAGGGAAACCAGUUAUACCAGUCGGUCUACUUGCCCCUACCGAGGAUGAUGCCGUCCGAGAUGAAGGUAGUGGCAUGUGGAAGUCAAUGAAAGAUUGGCUAGACAAGCAAGAAAAAGGAUCGGUAGUUUAUGUAGCUUUUGGAAGUGAAGCAAAACCAAGUCAAGUUGAGCUUACCGAGAUAGCUCUAGGGCUAGAGUUGUCUGGGCUGCCAUUCUUUUGGGUGCUGAGGACUCGUCGAGGCUUAACUGACAAUGAAGUGAUUAAGCUACCAGAAGGGUUUGAGGAUCGAACCAGAGGGCGAGGUUUGGUGUUCACUAGCUGGGUUCCUCAGCUCAAGAUCUUGGCUCAUGACUCUGUUGGUGGGUUCUUGACUCACUCUGGUUGGAGUUCUCUGGUGGAAGCACUUCAACAUGAGAGAGCUCUCAUACUCUUGUCAUUCUUGGCUGAACAAGGGUUGAACUCAAGGGUUUUCGAAGAGAAGAAAAUAGGCUAUCCAAUACCACGAGAUGAGUCUGAUGGAUCGUUCACGAGAGACUCAGUAGCUGAGUCGUUGAGAUUGGUAAUGGUGAAGGAAGAGGGAAAGAUUUACAGAGAGAAGGCUAAGGAGAUGAAAGGCUUGUUUGGAAACAAGGAUAUCCAAGACCAAUACUUGGUCAACUUCUUACGUUACAUCAUGAGCCAUAGACGAUGUCUCGUGGCCAGAGACAGCUCCAGCGUGAUCAAGUAAUUAAUCAUUUGGGAUUAAUGGUAAAGCUUCAUCAAUGUAUUUUAUAAUAAUUUGAACCUUUCUUUA